GCCAGCGAAAACAUGGUUGCCUCGCUGCGAGUUGCGCUGACUUUCGCUCCCGCCGAUGUCGAGUGAGUCGCUGCCCUCGCGUGCUCCUACUGACGCUUCGAGCUGCUCGCUCCACUCGGCCAGCUGGGUGUGUGCCACGUGUGUUUUCGUAGUCAUGUCGAAGAUCUUGAGAAAGCCGCGAUACGUCCACACGAGGGAACACCUGUCGCGGCUCGGCGCAUCGCCUCAGCUCCUCGGCUUCGCUGUUUGAUGGGCCGCGAGCGGCGUAGAGCACGAUGGCCCUGCUCUUCUCGCGGCGCCGUCGACCUACUCUUGUUCGUCUCCUUUCCGUGCUAGCAAUCGCCGGGGUCACAGUGCUUUUGCUUCGAAGCCGGACCGCUUCCGAUGACCACCUCGACGAUCGGAUCGUCGUCCGAGAACGGCUUUCUCCGAAGUCCGACGCUGGCGAUGACCGUGGAAAGCUGGCUGCCACCGCGAGGGACGCGGAUGUGCAGAGGGCCCAAGCGCCGCGCUACCACGGCGACGAUAGCCCGCUGCUUCCGAACGUGAAUGACCCGGACGAGACUGAAUUCUUCGGGAGGUUCAUUGAAGACUGGGGCAAGGGCGGUGCGGGAGUGAACUUGAAGGGCUCCGAAAAAGAGAGGGCUGACAAGGAAUUCUCGAGAGCUGGCUUCAACGCCUACGUUUGCGACCGCCUACCGUUAAAUAGGACGCUGGGUGACCGUCGUCACCGCAGCUGCCGGAAUGCGAACUAUGACGUCGAGAGACUUCCCACCGCUUCCGUGGUGAUAAUUUUUACCGACGAACUCUUCUCAGCGCUCCUGAGAACUGUGUACAGCGUGAUAAAUCGAACUCCCCGUCGCAUGCUGAGGGAAAUCAUCCUCGUCGACGACCACAGCCAAAUUGACGAGAUGGCCAACGGCCGCCUGGAGCGGUUCAUCAGGCGCCACUUCCGUCCUGGCUUCGUGAAGCUCAUCACGCUGCCCAAGCGCCAGGGCCUGAUCCGCGCCCGGCUGACGGGUGCCCGGGCUGCGUCGGGCGACGUGCUCGUCUUCCUCGACUCGCACUGCGAGGCCACCGACCACUGGCUGGAGCCCAUGGUGGAGCUUAUAAAGAAAGAUCGUACGACAGUGGUGUGCCCCAUCAUUGAUGUAAUUGAUGACAAGACGCUUCAAUACAUGGGCACCAGCUCAGACUUCUAUCAGAUCGGUGGUUUCAACUGGAAGGGCGAGUUCAUCUGGAUAAACACGCCCGAGGCCUGGAGGAAGGCACGCAAGAGCAAAGCAGACCCCAUGCGUUCACCCACCAUGGCUGGUGGCCUCUUCGCCAUUGACCGCAAGUACUUCUGGGAGAGCGGCUCUUACGACAGUGAGAUGGAAGGCUGGGGAGGCGAGAACUUGGAGAUGUCAUUCCGUAUCUGGAUGUGUGGUGGCUCCUUGGUGAUAGCUCCGUGCUCUCACGUGGGCCACAUAUUCCGCGACUACCACCCGUACAAAUUCCCAAGCAACAAGGACACGCACGGAAUCAACACAGCCCGGCUUGCUGAAGUGUGGAUGGACAACUACAAGUACUACUUCUACCAGAACCGUCCAGAGCUCAGGAAAAUAUCAUUUGGUGACAUCUCAGAGCGCAAGGCCCUGCGUAAUAAACUGCAAUGCAAGUCUUUCAAGUGGUACCUGGACAAUGUGUACCCUAACAAGUUUGUUCCCAGUGAGAAAGUGUUUGCCUUUGGAAAUGCAAGAAAUCCAAACACAGGCAUGUGUCUGGAUUCCAUGAGUCACAACUAUGACAACACAGAGCCACUCGGCAUCUACCCUUGCCACAAGGACACAAACAGUGGCGGUAACCAGCUGGUGUCAUACACAUGGCGACACGAGAUCCGCAAGGAAGACAGCUGUGCAGAGCUGUCCAGCGAGCCGGAAAAAGCCGACAAGGCUGCCCGCAAGGUCAUGAUGGCCCCUUGCGGUGAGGGUGCAGAGUCCGAGGAGCGGCAGCGUUGGGACCACACGCGUGGUGGCCCGCUAAAGCACCGGCAAACGGGGUUGUGCAUUGAGGCGGCUGCCACAGACUUAGAUGCUGUGCUAGCUAAGCCAUGCACUGGCGGUCACAACCAAGUCUGGUGGUUCCUGCACUAUGCCCGCCCGCAAGUGGACGUUCUGCACAACACAGUCUAAGCAGUCAUGCACCCAUAUUGUUAAAGUGUGAGUGCAUGUGCAGUCUGUGCACUCGUGUGCAUCUCUGUCCAUUCACUGACAACGUCCACACCUUCCCAGACUGGUUUUCUUAGGGAGGCUGAAUAUUGCUGUGACAGUGACACUUAAUUUGAAACAGUGUUCAUGUAGGUAUAGUUGGCGGCGUCAUUUUUUUACGAGCUUAGACUUGUUGGUGGGGAUGAGUGUUUUCAUUUCGUAUUUUGGGGGGUAAAGAUCGAGGUGUUCAUGAGCACUUCCCAAAACAUGGUGGCCAUGCAAGCAACUUGUUUUGGAAAUUGAAAUCAUGUGCCGCUGUUCUUAAUGACAUUUUUUUUUCUUUUUUUUUUUCUCAUAUUUAACAGGCAUUUAUUUUUAUAAACCUAUAUAGUCUUGGAGGACCUUAGAAAUGUGUGUCCUUUUGCUUUAUAGGCAGGUAACAUAUAGGAGGCGGUGUGUUCCAAGUGUUUUGCUUGCUGACUGAAAGGAGUUCAUCUAUAUUACUGUGAUGUGCUGUUCAUGCCCUAAGGGCAUCAGCAGCUGCAACAAUGAAGUUUGUUGCUGCUUUAACGUGGGAAGCAAUUGAGUUUUCGUGUUGAGUUUGUGCUUUCUUUUUUCUUUGCUGUUGGAGUUAAUAUUCAUAAUAAUCAAGGCACAGUGGUGCCUGCAUCAGUAGAAAUACUGAAAUGGGAGCACUUGAUUCUCAUUCUCAGCAAAGUUAAUUCUCAUCCUUGAUGUUAUACAACCACGGCUACAUCAAUUGGGGUAGCGCCUUUGUUGUUGACAAUAAUUGAAUGCUCUUGGUCUACAGUGUCCAGCUGUUCCUAUGCACUAUACGUAUAUUCAAGCGAUUGGAUUCUGAAUUGAUGCCUACAGAGCUAAAGUGUUGUUACUGUGGACUUCCUUGGCCUUGCUUUGCCUUCUAGUGAAAGUGUUCAGCCUGUGCUUGUUAAAUGAAGUAGAGAAGAUUGUUACUAUCAUUGUGCUGCUGCAUGUACUAACAUGAAAUUCCUGUCUUCCGGGGAACAGUUCUUUGUGCAUGCGUGCGUGUGCCUGUGGUCUGCUGUUGUCUUGCUCUAUGUUCUGCCAAAAACUGUUCGCUUGCUUUACACUGUGAAUUUUUGGGGGGAUUGCAAAUGUGUGUUGCUUGCGUGUAAAGAUUGCCUGCAGAGUACUCGCUCUCACAUGCCAUUUUUAUGGGAGAAACUUGUUGAGUAAGUUUAGAAAACCGAUAAGCUGGGUCCAAAUUAACCCGUAUGAUAUGUAAAGAGGGGCUUAUUGGUGGUUCACAACUGGUUUUGUGUAGAACGAAUGACACAUGGAUGAGGAAUAAAACCAAACAGCACAAGCACCGACUUUGUUGCCAGUCGGUGUCGAUGUUUUCUGGUCAUAUUCUUAUCCAUACAUUGUCUGCCGCGCAGAAGAUCGACUGAGUCAAAGUCAUCGCUCUCGGAUCUAUUCCAACUUAUUUCGGUCUAUGGCCGUGUACAUUAGAGCAAUUCACAAAUGCCAGAAUGUUUGCUUUAAUGGUGCAACCGCUGGUGCACUUUUCAUCCCAUCUUGCACUGUGGUGCUGUAAAUACUAGAUGCUGCUGGUUUGGAUGGAUUGACACGAGACACGAGGCACAUGAAAGCUCAUUACACGAACGAAAGCCUGCGUCUUCCCUGUGUGAAAGAGUUACGUGACAAAGCUCAUGAGAAAGGCUUGCUGUAUUUAUGGAGACAAAAGCCCAAGAAAGUGUAAAACAUGGAUAGAUGGGCAGUAUAUACCAAAUAGAAAUAUGCGUCUUUCUGCAUGGUUAUUUGAGAUCAUUACUUGCAAAGCAAAAUCAAAGCUAAUUCAUAGCUUUUAUGCUGCGAAACAAAGUGCCUCAUUGCAGUAAAAGGAGCAUGCCAUCUCUGGAAAGCAGUCCCAAGUUGUUUGAAUUGAAAUAUGUAGUAGCAUACUAUACUUGUGCUUAGCACUGAGUCAUUACUUUAGGACUUCAGAUUUUACGUGACUUGUUGCCUUACGCUAUGGUAACUGCUGGUUUGAACGGUUGAGCAGGGCAUCAGAUCGAUUGCCGACCUGGGAAUGACGACACGCUGAAGAAGCACCAAGUGCACCUAGGUUGUGUUGGCCUAAUAAAUCGCAUUUCAGUGCGUUGUUCAGGGUUGUUAAGAUUGCUCCCUCCAAGAAGGCUGUAUAUUCAUUUGCUUCAGCGUGUUCAUUGUGUGGGAAUGUCGUAACACUGGUGAAAAUUCUCACUUUUUUUUUUGCCAGCAGGUGCAUGCUAAAGCUUUGUCCAAUGGUGGCUGCAUCCACUAGGAGGUGUCCUAACGUGCUGGUAGGAAAAAAAAAUAUGGGGCAUUCUUUAUUGUACAAAGGUGGAACACUUGUGCUUAGCAGUGAGUCACUCUUGUUAGUGACUUCUUCCUCUUAUUUAUAAAUCUGUUAUUCUUUAAAAAGUGCGCCAGCUACUCUUCUUGCGUAACGUAUUCACAGAAUACUGGUUAAAACUUUCUAAUCGUGUGUCGUUUUACCAAGAUGUGUUGAACCUCUUACUGAAGCGUUAAAUCUAUUUACUGUUUGUAAAAAAAGACUGUCCUGUCUUUACAUUUUUACUGAUUCCAUUUUAUGCCUUUAGAAGUUUUUUGUAUUAUAUUUCUGCAUUACGGCUGCUUGAAAUUGUGGUCAUGAUGCUCUGUCACUGAUCUUGGAGUCUAUGUCCUUAUUCAUGCGUUUUGCUUUCAUGCAAUGAACAUAAACACAUGGAAGACGUUUGGCCUCUUAAAAACUUCUGUUAUUUCCCGCUGCUAUGCUGCAUCACAAAACUAUAGAUGUUUUUUUUUUUUUUUGAAUGUGGUUUACAGAAGAGAUGUGGAAGGAUUCUUUGGUGGUUUGGUGAUUCUUUGAACUAGAGAUUACAGCUUCGUCAAAUAGUCUGCUUUCAUCAAAAGAAACUGCAUAUCAAUAACUCCUGUGUAGUGCCUUGAGAAUAAAACAAAAAGUAAUGCACUAUUAAAUUAAUUUAGCAUGUCAACAUGAACAAGGUUUCACAGUGUGCAAUCCUAUCAUUUUUUUCAAUAUAAUGAAAACAAAACAUGAAAAUCAUAUUUAACAGGAACAAUUCCAAAUUGUACUGUGUUUUGCCAGACAGAUGAAAUAAUUCGUUAGGAAAAAAAAAUCUAAAACAGAUUUUGACAUCUAAUUUUUUCACCACAUCCACAAAACUAUAUUUUAUCAGUCAUACACUAUACUUAGGGUUCAGUGUUAUUGGUUUUUUAAUUACCGAAAAUUUAGCAUACAUUUCUUUUAAUAACCAUUCGCAUCUGGCAUACUAGUUUCUUUGUGUGCGCAUCUGUGAAUAUGUGGCUCACUAAUUCCAUUUUCAAUGAAAUGUUCUGAAGGACUGCAGAUCCAGGUAUUCAGUACUGUUAUUCUGUGUAUUGGAUGCGGUUACAAAGUUUUUUGAUAAGCAGUCUAGCAAGGACGCAAUGUUCUGCAGCGAUAUGACUAUGCAGAAAUCAAAAGAGGCAGUAGUGCGCUAGAUAUUUGAUGCGAAAUACAAUGAGGCUAUUUGUAUCAUUAUGUGGGCACAAAGCUGCAACAAGUACUACGGAAAACAACUAGGUAUCUUCCACCCUUUGUCGCCAUCAGUGAACUUCCCAGUUUAUCUACUACUUGUACCCCCCCACCUCGCCAUGCCCUGCUUCUUAUUUCCAUUGCAGCAGGAGGUGAAAUGGAGGCAAAUAAGAAAAACAAGUACUUGUUGCUUUUGUGGCAGGGCUGACACGUGACAUUGACCUCGUUAGGGUCCUUGCUUUGGAGUUUAUGUAGGCUCACAUCUGCAUGACAUUCGCUGUCUUGGCUCUUGGGUAAAUUUGCUUUAUUAACUCUUUUGGGUUAAACCGAACUGCAGAAAGAAAAUUUGGCAUUUAUUGUUCAGUUUAAUAUAAAAACGCUGAACCCUUGCUAUACUUUGCACAUAUUUACUCUUGUGCACUCUUCAUUAAUCAGUUGCACAUAUUCUUCCUUCUUCUUUUUUCCAUUUUUUUUCUAUUUUGCUGCACUCUUAGUGCUAAUUCCAUUUUUGCAUUCCAUAAGGUAUUGUUGCAUUGUUCCAUUACAGUUCUGUUGGCAUGGACAAAACCUGCUUAAUAAACAGUUUGUGUAUUUUAUGCAGGCCAUUGUGUAUACAGCUAUGGAAACUUUCGUCAGACCUCUAAGAUAUAUGUUUAGUUUACUUUGGCAUGUACUCUAGUGCUUCCGGAAGCGGUAUGUGACAGCAAGGGUGCAAUUUCUAGGGGCAUUCUAUAUUGGGGAUGUAACUAGAAGUGUGUCGGCUAUGCAUAUUUAGUUAUACUAUGACUGUACGAUAGCAGCAUUCUUGAGGCAAGUCGAAUAAGGCAUUUGGGUAAAUCGUCACUGCUGUAUUAGGAUGGUUCUUGGAACUAUGAUUAGAGGCAUGCAGCUGUAUGCUGUUGUGUCAAUGAUGUGUGGCACAGAACAAUUGCAUUUAAGUAUUUAGCUCGUCAGUUAUGUUAGCCAACUGGUAGGAAUGUCAUCCACAGCUAUGUGCACAUAAACAUGAAAAGGAACACUGACUGAAAGUCACUGGUUCUCAAGAAAGUGCCGUGCUUACCACCUGGAACAUGCUUCGUAUGCAGGGCAUGAAUUUGGUAUCAUUGUUAUAUUAGCCUAUGAUAACAUCGUUUGGUGAUGUUGUUAAUUUGCAACAAGUGUGUAAACUCUAUUGCUAGUGUUAGGCAUUCUGACAAUUUAUUGUCAUUCAUGACAUAUGCCAUUUAAGACCUGUGAAGGUGCAUUAGGCAGAAUUAUCAUGCUCCAGUAAUACUUGGUAGAAAUCCUUGCUGGCAGUGCUCCAAACUCAUGUUCUUGUCAUUUCUUGCUGCACUCUUCUAUUUUGUGUUGUUAUAGCCACUUUCACUUAAAUUUGGCAUCUUUUUGUUCGUUUCUGAAGCUUUUUUUUUACUGAUUUAUGCUAUUUUGUAAAAGCUGUUGCAGUUAUGCAGCUCACUGUCUUUUUGCUUUCAGGUUGCAGUAUAGGUUCAUCGAGGAUGUGCAGUCAAAAAGAAUAUUUUAACAUGAGAGGCAGCUUAUAAAUUCCGAAACUCGACACAACAGUCUGCAUUGAUUACUCGUUGCCGAUGUAUGACGAUCGGCCAUUUUCACAAUCUCAAAAAAUUGUCGGAGAUGUGUGGAGGUUUCAGAUAAGCUUCAGAGAGGCAUAUUUUGUUUUGAAUUAUCGAUAUACAGUCGAACUAUUUUGCGAUCCCCUUCUAGUCUCAUAUAUUCGGGUUUGACUGUACUUUCAUAGCAGUCUUGGAAAUCACACCACCUGUAAUAGUUUGUGUCUAAUAUGGAGCACAACUGUUGUGUGCACUGCACUUCCACGGCAUUCGUGUAAUCAAAACUUUACUUGCAUUCUACUGUUUUUCAAGUUAGUUGCUGUAUGUAAAAAAGCAGCGCACUGCCAUGUGCGCUGCUGGAAAAGUAUCGUAUACAAUACUUUGGUUCCAACUCAUCUAAUUUGGACACUAAACUUACUUCAAGAUAGCCUUGCAAAAUUAGGACUAAGGUGAGAUGAGAGCUUUAGAAAAAACAAUAAAUGUCUGUAGCAAAAACGGAAAGGGUCGCAAUGGCAUUAUAUUUUUUCAUUCAUUCCUUAAGGAGUUCUUGCCAUCUAGUGUGCUGUCACAAUUGAUAAAGGUGCAAAUGUAAUGAAAUUGUAGCACACUCUUGAAAUUGUAGAAUUGUGAAGGUCAAACUACUGGUUAUUUCGUGUGACAUUGCAAAAAUGUAGUGUCAUCCUGUUGCUUGUUUAUGAACUGAGUGUUUCAGUACAUAGUUUAAAUAAGUAGUUACACUAGGUACAGUGUUGUGUCACGUUAACCAAGGUAUUUUACUUUAUAACAUUGCUUGUGUCACAGUGAUACAGAAAGAAUGCAAACUGUAUUUUUCAUUAACAGAUGAGUAUGUGCAUUUGACAUGUGCACUCAAAUUUCCUUGUGAUGCAUGGUGAGAGCUGUCCAUACUGUUGGCUUCUGCAAAAUAUUUUUAAUAAGUGCUGUCUUAUUUUUUUUCGUUCUCUCUCUCUCUCUCUUUUUUACUGCAGCACAUGACUUUUGCAGAAAUUUGAAGAUGCUAAUGUCACAAAAGCAUUAGGUUUCGAUAUGUAGCUACCUGUGUUAAUGCAUGCUCACAGGCCCACUUUGUGCUUGUAACACUUUUGCUUGUAAAGGGACAUUCCGAAAAAUUUAUUUAAAAGCAUUCUUUUGACGCCACCAGCUUACCAUGUUGUAGGAAAAAAACCCAGAAAACUGUGGGCAACUGAACUGCCACAUGUGCUUGUUGGUAAUAGUUCCUGUGUUAAAAGCAAGUCAUGUACUGAAAGCAGGCUGCUUCACAACAUUCAACCAGGAUUUCAAAUAGGUCUCUUUAACAGGCAUGUGCAGUUAAUUACCGACUAUGGUGGUGGUGUAUGGCCUAUGCACUGUGCAAGAUUUUCAGUACUUCGAGACACUCUACAUUUUAAAUUUGUGUCUACCUUGGGUGAGCGUAUCAACAAAAUGUGUGUCCUGACAUCAUGGUUACUCUGAUGCAAUUGGCAAUAAGAUAUUCUCUCUAAACACAAUUUUAAGAACGGUGAGUGACAGCAUCUGGAUUAUGUUGGUAGGAUUUCUUAAAUGUGUACCCAGGUGGCAAUGUGCAGCCUCCCACAUUUUUAACUGUAUCGUGUGAGCGUCCAUCACACAUCAUUUUAGCGCCUUUACGUGGCAAUAAUCAGCGAGACCGGCAGAAGUGCUCUCAAGUGCACUAAGCACUCUGUUGUGCAAGAGUUGUCUAAUGCGAUGUUCCAACGUACGACCAUAUAUAGUGUUCUCGUGCGAUAUAGUUAAAAAUACGGGAGGCUGUACUUCAUGCAGCUAUCUGUUUCCAUAUUGUGUGUCAGUGUAAUAAUAUUUGGCUGAGAAUGGCAUAGCAACAUAUUACAGGAACAAGUGUUGCAAUUACAAACCCAUUCAAUGUACUUUCAGUCAAAUACCUGGCAUGCUUGAUGUAAACAGAGGGCAGUGUCAACUUAAAGUGUUGGCAGUGAAUAAUGCUGCAUUGUCUCCUUCUCUUACAUACUGAAGUAUUGCAAUUCAACCGAGCCAAUACAGAUACUUCUCCCUUUUGUGCCAAGGCUUUGCUUGUACCAGAUUUAUAAUAGCAUGUUCUUCAUAACAUGGUUCGACGUAUAUUAUUGCAGCAUAACUGAUCUACAGAAUGGUUGGCUGUUAAUAGCUCAUAAGCUCAGGUAUCCAUAUACUGAAGGCAAUGUCACAAGCCAGAUAUCAGGGCAAAGAAUGCAAGCUGCAAAGUAAGGCUUGCUUUAUUAGUCUGCCACCUUUUCAAUGGGGCACUUAUAGCCUGUGCUCUCUGGUGAAAUGUUCGUUGCUAGAGGACAUAAGCCCAAGCUAUCAACAUGGCUGAGCUUGGCUGUAGAUCACUGUCUGCUUAUUAUAGGUGUGCAUUUGAUCACUUAUGUGCUUUUAUGCCUGGGCUGAUCGGGGGCCAGGCAGUGUGCUGUUCCCUCUUGUUUUAAUUUUUCCCGUUAAGGCGAACCAUGGGACGCCUGCCACUGCGUUUGUUCCUGCCGCGAGGCUCCCAUACAAAGUCGACGUUCCACUGCCUCAUUGCUGCACAUGCAACUCGUGUACAAAACAUCUUAUGUGCAACUUGAAUCUUAGGGAUAUGUUGUUUUACUGUAAUUAUGGCUGUCACAUGACAUGUAUACAUACAGAGAACGUGUACAUAGACAUCUAUUUUGAAAGGAGUUGAGAAUUAAAUCUUUUUUGUCUUUUUCGUUGUUA